AAGGUAUAGACAGGAAUGUUUGGGAUGGGAGGAGCCUACUCGAGGCACAAUGCUGACCGUCUCUUCAAAAAACUAGUCAAGAACAACAUCCUGGAGGAGGAUCUUUACAUCACCAUCAACGGCCAAGCCGUGUCGUAUAUAUCUGCUGGACCCAAAGCCAUGAACGUGCUGUCUGGACACAUGCAGGUGGAGUUCUAUGAGACUGAGAGUGCGUCAAGCAUCAGGAAACAUAAAGCUGCUGUGACCACGAACGUCUCCCAGAGAGAGCAGAAGGUUCAGGAGUGUCUGAAGGAGCUGACAGAUCUCUGCAAGCAGCUUGGAAAAGCGUUUGGCAUCCACUAUUACAACAUCUUCUCCACUGCUGCCUUAAAAAAGAUUGCCGAGAAGCUCUCUCCUGACCCGGAGGUCCUCCUUCAGAUUGAUAGUGUGACUGAAGACAAACUGGAGAAGUAUGGCGCUGAGGUCAUUCAGGUCCUAGAGAAGUACUCUUGAGUGGCAGCUGCCUGAGGAGCCGACUGCAACCACGGGAGAUGGGUGGAUAGACACGGCACAAGGCCGUUCGUACGGAGAUGACGAUGGCGACGCGUACUUCCGUGAAGCUGGAGAUCAUAUUUAGUAAAAAGCUGAAAUUCACUUUAUUUCCCUCCCCUCUUGCUGUGGUGUUGCAGUUGUGGCUACAGCAGCAAUAAGUCGUGGUCGUCGUCCGGCUCCAGAGGCGGGUCCAGCGCUGCGGGACGGGGGUCCAGGAGCUCGACGGGAGACUUUUCAGCCAGCAGGAAACCGGACUUCCUAAAUGUGCCGGCCCCUCAAACCAACCAGCGACCCUUUUUAAAGCCCACCUUUUCACAUUUGGGGAAGCUUCUUGCGAUCUGACUUCUAGGGUAGCAGACUGCUUUGUCACUACAGAUUUAAAUAUUUGUUGUUAGUAAUGGUUAAUCAGUAUUUACCAGUUAUAUCAACUGUUUAUUGAAACUUUUAACAUUGUUUGUUAUGUACAGUUGAGUGUUUUGCUUAUUGUUCCUUUUCACUGUCCAUUUUGUUUAUAUUAAAGAAUAAUUACCUAAUUAAA